GGAGCGAAGUAAAAAAAAAAUGACGAUGACGUCUCCUUAUAAAUGAUCAAGCACCACAUUAGCAUUUGACGGUUUAAGGUAAAUCUGCCUUUUACGUUCUUGUAAUUUCGAUCAGCGGGAGGCGAGUGCUCGUGCAGAGCCUGUGCUGCCUGCUCCUCGGAGGGGUAUCCAUCCAGCCGAAACUCCUCCCUUUCGCCUGCCGGGCUUGUCUUCCUUUCAUGCGGAGUUUGCAAAGCUCCUCUGGAAAGCCACACGCAAAUAAAGAGCCGGCGACGCGUGCGACAGACGCGCAGGGACAAAAACACAAGGAAGCUUCGGAAGAAUCGGAGGCUGCGGCGGCGCAGUAAGGAGCUGCUAGACCGGCACCGCGCACCCUCCCGAAACGCCCGGUGUGACUAAAUAAGGAGACAGAAUACAAUAAAACAAACCAGCGUUCCCCCUUUCUGUUCCCCGUCGAAGUUGCCUUCUUGGAGCGGCUAGCGAAGAAGAAGAAAGGAUUCGGUCUCCCCCUCCGCUUGACAAAGAACCGCGUCCGUCGUUAAGGAGCGCCGCGCUACUUUCUAGCUUUUAUUGGGUGAAGAAGGAAUUUAAAAUUGAUCUGGAAGAAAAAGGAGGAGGAGGAGGAUAGAUAAACGGGGUGAGGAGCGUGCGCUUGUGUUUGGAAGUAACCCCACGGUAGGGGGCACGUGAGACUGUCCUGCAGGACAAUGACGAUCAGGGCAAGGCAGGGUAAAGCAUAGGAGGCAGUUUCCCAAUAAAGAUUGCCUUUUUGGGCUGUACAAAAAAAAAAAAGGCCUCUUUGGGGGAACUUGCGCGUGUCCACUUUUUUUUUUUUACACUCAGAAAGUCUCGAAUCGGACAUAAACAAAUUCGCUUUCGGGAUGAAGAGGGGAUGCUGCAAAAGAAGCAGAGGUGGCAGGAACACCGGCAGGCACCUGCGGGGACCACCCAGGUACCGAUCGGCGUAACACUGUUCACAGGGCGGCACCUGCGGAAACGCAAUAGCGACACCUGACGAGGCGGCUUCACCUGUGUAGUCUGAAACCGGGCGAAAUCAAAGAGCACCGCCAUUCAGGAUUAAAAAAGACGAUGUGACGGCAGAGGCGGCAUCGCACAGGUGCGGCGAAGAGAUUAGGCAAAUCAGAGCGCCUGGUUGGUCAUUCCCAUCCACCCACUUGUACUCGUUGCACGCAGAAACAAAGGUUCAGUCAUGACAAGCACCUGGACGUGAGCAGGCCUCUCGAUCACCCCUGCCAUGGCUCUCCCCGACCUCCGCCGCCUCUGACACUCCUGGGGGGGCUCUGAGAGCUGAUUUGGAGACGAAAGUUUUAUAAAACUAAUCCUGGUGGCACCUGACAGUGGAUUAUCAAUCUCAUCCUUCAAAAUCCAAAGCAGCGAGAAAGACAGGAACUCGUGAAAAUACAAGGAGCAAAAGCCCAAUUCGAAAUUCGGACCUCAUCGGCACUGUAGCGGCUUCAGGUGACUGGAAAGAUGCCGGUCCGCAGAGGACACGUAGCGCCCCAAAACACCUUCCUCGACACCAUCAUCCGCAAGUUUGACGGCCAGAGUCGCAAGUUCAUCAUUGCCAAUGCGCGAGUGGAGAACUGCGCCAUCAUCUUCUGUAACGAUGGCUUCUGCCACAUGUGCGGCUACACGCGGGCCGAGAUCAUGCAGAAGCCCUGCACGUGCGACUUCCUGUAUGGACCCCACACCAAGAAAGUGGCCGUCUCUCAGAUUGCACAAGCACUGCUGGGCUCGGAGGAGAGGAAGGUGGAGAUCAUCUUCUACAGGAAAGAUGGUGUCCGAUUCCCUUGUCAAGUCGACGUUGUCCCAGUGAGGAAUGAAGAUGGUGCAGUCAUAAUGUUCAUUCUCAACUUUGAAGUCAUAAUGGAGAACAAGUUCCUCCACUCCCCCGACUCUGACGUCAACCACAAGCUUCCUUCCACGUGGUUUUCAACUGCCAGGCCCAGAGGUUUCAAGCUGCGUCUGCCCAUGCUGAGGUCGCUGGCGGUGAGUAAGCAGUCUCUGCCCCAGGAGGACCCUGAUGCAGUGGUGGUGGACCUUUCAAAGCCCAGCAGAGAGUCUCUGGCCCUGGGGGAGUUCCUGUCUUCCAGUGACAGGGUCGGCUCACCAAGCACUGAACGACAGGAGCAGCCUGAAGACCAGCAGGCUUUGAUCGAUGGCAACCCAGAACCUCUGAACCACUCGUCUCCUCUGCCUAACCGCCUCAACCCCGACGUCUCCUUCUCGAAUUGUAGCCUGACAAGAAGUCGAUCCCGGGAGAGCUUCUACAGUGUGCGUCGAGCAUCCUCUGUCGAUGACAUUGAGGCCAUGAAGGCGGAUGUGGACCGAACGUUUCGAAGCCGGCAUGCCAGCACAGGAGCGAUGAACCACGUGAAGACGACUCUGCUGAACUCGACUUCCGACUCUGACCUCAUCCGCUACCGGACUAUCAGCAAGAUCCCUCAGAUCACGCUGAACUUUGUGGAUUUCAAGGCUGAUCCUUUCAUCCCUUCCCCUGCGAAUGAUAAGGAGAUCAUAGCCCCCUGUAAGCUCAAGGAUCGGACACACAAUGUCACAGAGAAGGUCACGCAGGUUUUGUCACUUGGUGCUGAUGUGCUCCCGGAGUAUAAACUACAGGCUCCUCGCAUCCACAAGUGGACAAUUCUACACUACAGUCCAUUCAAGGCAGUGUGGGACUGGCUAAUACUACUGCUGGUGAUCUACACAGCCAUCUUUACGCCUUACUCGGCAGCCUUCUUGCUUAAUGACCAGGAAGAAGUCAAACGUAUGGACUGUGGCUAUUCAUGCAACCCACUCACAGUGGUGGACCUGAUCGUGGACAUCAUGUUCAUUAUUGAUAUCCUCAUUAACUUCCGCACCACCUACGUCAACAGCAACGACGAGGUGGUCAGUCAUCCCGGCCGCAUCGCUGUGCAUUAUUUCAAAGGCUGGUUCCUAAUCGACAUGGUGGCGGCCAUCCCAUUUGAUCUGCUCAUUUUCAGGUCCGGCUCUGAGGAGACCACCACAUUGAUUGGUCUCCUGAAGACUGCUCGACUGCUGCGAUUAGUGCGUGUGGCACGGAAGCUGGACCGUUACUCGGAGUAUGGUGCUGCUGUCCUGUUCCUUCUCAUGUGCACGUUUGCUCUUAUCGCUCACUGGUUGGCGUGCAUUUGGUACGCCAUUGGCAAUGUGGAGCGCUCCUCUUCCUUUCCCCGCAUUGGCUGGUUGGACUCCCUGGGCGAACAGCUUGGCAAACAGUACAAUGACACGGACCCCGCCUCUGGACCCUCCAUUCAAGACAAGUAUGUGACUGCCUUGUACUUCACUUUUAGCAGCCUGACCAGCGUGGGCUUUGGAAACGUCUCGCCCAACACCAAUUCAGAGAAGAUCUUCUCCAUCUGCGUCAUGCUCAUUGGCUCUCUAAUGUAUGCCAGCAUCUUUGGGAACGUGUCAGCCAUAAUCCAGAGGCUGUACUCUGGCACCGCACGCUAUCAUACCCAGAUGCUUCGGGUUCGAGAGUUUAUCCGCUUCCAUCAGAUCCCAAACCCGCUACGACAAAGACUAGAAGAGUACUUCCAGCAUGCCUGGUCCUAUACCAAUGGCAUCGAUAUGAAUGCGGUUCUGAAGGGAUUCCCCGAGUGUCUCCAGGCCGAUAUCUGCCUUCACCUGAACCGAACCCUCCUACAGAAUUGCAAGGCUUUUAAAGGGGCCACGAAAGGCUGUCUCCGGGCACUGGCCAUGAAAUUCAAAACCACUCAUGCUCCUCCAGGCGACACCCUUGUGCAUGCUGGUGACGUCCUUACUGCUCUCUACUUCAUCUCUAGGGGCUCCAUCGAGAUCCUCCGUGGUGAUGUUGUGGUUGCAAUCUUAGGAAAGAAUGACAUCUUUGGUGAGCCUAUCAACUUGUAUGCCCGGCCCGGAAAGUCGAAUGCGGAUGUGCGGGCGUUAACGUAUUGCGAUCUUCACAAGAUACACCGUGAAGACGUGGUGGAAGUGCUUGAUAUGUACCCUGAAUUUUCAGACCACUUCUGGUCCAAUUUGGAGAUCACCUUCAACCUCCGUGAUACCAACAUGAUCCCUGGAUCCCCGAGCAGUGAUGAUUCUGACUGCGGUUUUAACCGACUUCGACGACGAAAGCUGUCAUUCCGACGGCGCACUGAGAAAGAUGAUGAGGAUGCGGGUGAAGUAAAGAAGUCUCAUAAGCUGUUACGUAGAGGCAGGAGACAGGACAACACCAAUCAGGGAGAAGGAAUGAAAGCUGAGCGAGGUGGGGCCCGCAGUUCUGUCUCUUCGCCUUCAAACUCCAGCAGCGAUGAAGCGGUGAUACCCACCCUGCAGACAGCUGUGCCCAGCUCCACACAGAGCAGGCCCAACAAGCUGAACUUCAGUGACUCCCCUGAGGGUGAAGUGGAUCAUAAGACAAGCAAUACCUGCAAUGCUCUGUCUGGUGCAUUUUCGGGAGUGUCCAACAUCUUCAGUUUCUGGAGUGACAGUCGCGGCCGGCAGUACCAGGAGCUUCCUCGCUGUGCAGUAACACAACACAUCCCACUAAGUUCAGCCCCCUGCAGCAGCAGCAGAGGACAGAAGGCCGAGGUGGAAUGCAGACUGGAUCUGCUUCAGAAACAGCUCAACAGGCUGGAGAACCGAAUGUCGUCAGAUAUUGGGGCCAUCAUGCAACUGCUACAAAGGCAGAUGACUGUGGUGCCUCCAGCUUAUAGCACUGUGACACCACCUCCGCAGCCCGCAUCCUACCCAUCAACAGCAGAAAGGCUGGUCCAGACGGUCACCCCACUGGAGUCUGAGACGCUGGCGUCUCUUUCUCAGAUCUCUGAUUCCCAAGAUUUUGAAGAACUUGCUUCCAAGUCAUCCAUCUCCCUGCUGAACACUGUGGAGCUUCAGCCAGAGGCAGGGUCAUCUGGACUCCCUUCUGAUGGAAGGCCGGAACUAACGGAAGGGCAGCCCGUGGCGCCAGAACCCGAGGAGCUUAUAGCCCGGUUGGAGAGGUUACGCCGCCUCUCACUGCCAGUACAGCAUGUGGACCACCCGUUGGACUUACAGCCACCCCAAAGACACAGCUCAGAUCCCGGAAGCUAAAAAAAAACCUGGAGCUACAGCACCUACAUUUUGGCUUCUCCUUUCAAAUGGAAACAUUUGCUUCAAUAAUUCAAACAUCACAACUUGGCAAAUACUUGCUACCAGGAAAUACUACCAGAAAGGUUUUCCUUGCUCGGCGUGAACAAACGAAGGAACACCUUUGGCUUGUCCGUAGGUUGUUGACUUCGUGAGCAAAGUGCAUUCUUCUUAACUUGGGGAAAAGGGACGGAACGUGUCCUGGUGCAAACCACGGAUGUCACAGUAACAAGAAACAAGAGUCUCGCAAUAUUCUUGGCAGGCUGGAGAGGUUCGGCGCUCUCGCUCCACGUCUAGAUGCCACCGAUAGCGAGCAGCGCCAUCAUGGCCUUUUUUUGACCCACUGACGUAAAUUAGAAUUUCCACCGCCCUGAUCCUUAUAUCGAUUAGAGAUGUCAACAUGUUAGCUGGCCUAACAGACUAUCGAGUGCUUGCCCGUAUUGAAUUCUCUACCUGCCCAUCCGUCCAUGGCCCUCCGGUCAACAUGGUUAGCCAGUACACCAAUGGGUGGGUACCACGGCCUCAGGAGAUUGCCCCCCCUCCCAAAGAAUGAAGGAAAAAAAAAUCUAAACAAAAUGUUUGUUUCUGCUGCUCCGAUAACUAUAGCCAUGCACUGUAACUGAACAUA